UAUAUCUGGUUAUAGCAUAAUCUCUUAUUGAUUUCCAAUCCCACAGAGACUAGAAUUGACAGAAUGAUAGCCCAUACCAUGCACAAGCCUCUUGAGGCCGAAGAAUCAAGAACAGAUGCUGACACAGAUGAUGACGCCGGCGCUGGAUAUUGAAGACAGUAAAAGCCAUGCAGAAAAAAAGAAAAAGUCAAAUAUUUACAAGCCAGAAAUCACAAGAAGAACGAUGCCUGUUCUCGUUUACUGGUUUGUUCAUGCCAACAAGCGAAGUGGUAUAUCCUUUCCUUCGUUGAGAGCUCAAUUUGUCAAAUAUAAAGCAUCUUCUACCUUUCAUUCACCAGGUUAUCCGAUGCGAAUUCUCGUCAUAAAAUAUAUCAUGUCAUGUGUAUGGGAUGACACUGGUCUAGAGUCACCCUAUUGUUUCAGAAAUCGCCUUCUCGGGCGGUUGAACAACAGCUGGCACUUUGCUCAAUGAGUGCAAUCCUGGAAGCCAAUUCAAGGCUAACAGCCAAGUAUGAAGAAGGUUUGAAUCCGUCUGUCUUUGUAGAAACAGACCCGAGUCGUAAA